CUCGUAAACACGUGUUUUUAAAUCUAUAGGUUAGAAACGCACUAAACGCAGUGCACUCUCGAACGGUCGAACCUGGUCGAAUCUCUUGAACGCUUACGAUCUUAACAGAGAGCAACAGAGUUCUACAAGAUGAAGAUUAAAACAUUGCGAAGAAAUCUUCUGAGUCGACCCAAAGAGGAAAAUGACGUGGCGGACGAUCAACCGAGUACUUCGACAGAUAAAACUUCGGAAGUUUUGCUGCCGUCUGACAGUAACUUCAAUCACAUCAAAUGUAAGGCGGUGAGAUACGAGAAAUGUCAGCAAUUGAUGAAGGAACGAGCGAAGGCAAAGAAGCAGGCGAAGAAGGCGAGGAUACAGGAGGGUGCUCCGAAACAGGUGCCUCAUACUUUAGAGAGUCUGCGAGAGAAGGAUGAGACUACGAUAGUAGGUGAUCUGGAUGACGAGGCGAAUGAGGAGCUCAAAGCUGAGUGUGAGCAUGACGAAUUCUCUGCCUAUUAUAAGCAGGAGUAUGAGCCUAAAGUGCUCAUUACGUACGCCGAUAAUCCAAACAGGAAAACGAGAAUUUUUGGCAGAGAGCUCACGAGAAUGAUACCUAAUUCUAUUUCGCUGUAUAGAAAUCGUUCUGGCGUUAAGAAAAUGGUCAAGAGUGCUAUCGCCAGAAACUUCACUGACAUAGUAAUCGUUAAUGAAGAUCAAUGCAAGCCAAAUGGAAUGUUGAUCAUUCAUCUGCCUGAUGGUCCUACUGCCCACUUCAAGCUCAGUAACGUCAAGUUGACAACGGACUUGAAGCGCAGCCAUAAAGAGAUCACAGAACACCGACCAGAAGUUAUUCUCAAUAACUUUACCACCCGCUUAGGUUUUACCAUCGGCAGAAUGCUGGGAGCAUUGUUUCAUUAUCAGCCAGAAUUUAAAGGAAGGAGAGCAGUGACAUUUCACAAUCAAAGAGAUUACAUAUUUUUCAGGCAUCAUAGAUAUGAGUUUAAUCUCAAGACUGGAAAACCGAGAUUACGAGAAUUAGGUCCACGAUUCACUUUGAAAUUAAGAUCGCUGCAGCAUGGAACAUUCGACAGUAAAUAUGGUGAUUACGAGUGGAUUAUACAAGGUCGCAGACACGAUAUGGAAACAAGCAGAAGAAAGUUCUUUUUGUGAAUUCUAUAUAUUGGAGUUUAUUAGGAGGGAAAUAAUUUGUUGAAAUAAAAUUAAUCUGAUUACAUACCAAACAUGUAA